CUUAGAUUGAGUCACCAUUCACGCCAGCAACGCUCACGAUUUCCUUUGGAAACUGUACGAAUCCGCACGAGGAGUUAAAAAGGGAGAUUCCUCUCAGCCAAGAUGAGUUCCGCGGACAUCAUCGACCACUCGCCUCACCAGGCAGACCCUUCCCCGCCAAUUCCGUCGGCAUCCAACUUGAUCCUCAUUGACAACUACGACUCAUUCACCUGGAACAUUUACCAAUACCUUGUGCUUGCAGGCGCCACGGUCCACGUCGUCCGAAAUGACAAGAUUACUGUGGAGGAGCUAGAGAAGAAGAAGCCUACUCAGAUCAUCAUCAGCCCUGGACCGGGCCAUCCCGAGACCGACUCUGGCGUGAGCCGUGAUGUUAUCCGCCACUUCGCGGGCAAGGUCCCUAUCUUGGGGGUUUGCAUGGGCUUGCAGUGUAUCUUCGACGUCUACGGUGGAGAAGUGACCUCUGCCGGAGAGUGGCUCCACGGCAAAACCUCCCCCUUGACGCAUGAUGCCAAGGGUGUAUUUGCCGGACUCAAGCAAGGUAUUCCAGUUACCCGCUACCAUUCUCUCGCAGGUACCUAUCUUACCUUGCCCGAAUGUCUCGAGGUCAGCUCCUGGGUGGCCAAGCCUGAUGGCUCCCCCGGCGUCAUCCAGGGUGUGCGCCACAAGGAGUACUCCAUUGAAGGUGUUCAAUUCCAUCCCGAGAGUAUCUUGACCGAAGGUGGCCGUGCCAUGAUCACCAACUUCCUUCACAUGCAGGGCGGCACUUGGGAGGAGAACACUCGCAUCCAACAGUCGGCUGCCACCAAGGGUGUGGCCAAAGACUCGGCAGCGCCUAAGAAGAACAACAUCUUGCAACAAAUAUACGACCACCGAAAGGCCGCCGUUGAGGCCCAAAAGAAGAUCCCGUCCCAGAGGAUGUCUGACCUGCAAGCUGCCUACGAUCUGAACGGCGCUCCUCCCCAGAUCCCUUUCGUCAGUCGGCUACGACAGUCUCCCUUUGAUGUCUCGUUGAUGGCAGAGAUCAAGCGUGCCUCGCCUUCCAAGGGCGUUUUCAACCUAGACAUCAGCGCCCCCACCCAAGCUCAUAAAUACGCAUUGGCUGGAGCCAGUGUCAUCUCGGUGCUCACUGAGCCCGAAUGGUUCAAGGGUAGCAUUGAGGAUCUCAGAGCUGUCCGUCAAGUUUUGUAUGGCAUGCCCAACCGACCCGCCAUUCUCCGAAAGGAGUUCAUAUUUGAUGAGUACCAGAUCCUUGAGGCUAGGUUGGCGGGUGCAGAUACCGUCCUCCUCAUUGUGAAGAUGCUGGAGACCGAGCUGCUCGAGCGACUCUACAAAUACUCCCUCUCCUUGGGAAUGGAACCGUUGGUUGAGGUCCAGACCGCUGAUGAGAUGACCAUUGCGGUCAAGUUGGGCUCCAAGGUCAUUGGCGUCAACAACCGAAAUCUCGAGAGCUUUGAGGUCGACCUCAACACCACAAGCCGACUACGCAGUAUGGUGCCUGACACCACUAUCAUCUGUGCUCUCAGCGGCAUCAACAGUCAUGAGGAUGUUGUAACGUGUAAGAACGAUGGCAUCAACGCCGUUCUAGUUGGCGAGGCCAUCAUGAGGGCCCCCGACGCCAGUGUUUUCAUCUCCCAACUCUGUUCCGGAUCUGACCCACAAGCCGAGAAUAAGCCUGCUACUCCUGUGUUUGCCAAGAUCUGCGGCACUCGAAGCGCUGAGGCUGCGACGAAGGCUGUUGAAUCGGGUGCAAACUUUGUGGGCAUCUGCCUCGUCCCUGGCGCGAAACGUUGUAUAUCUCACGAAACGGCCCUUUCCAUUUCAGAAGCGGUACACUCAAAAAAUGGCACUCCCGAGUCCAAGACCGAGACACCAACGUCAGACUUGAAGGCUACCGACUUCUUUGCGGAAGCCGCUACGAGGCUUGGCAGCAAGCGAACCCAGCUCGUGGGCAUCUUCCAAAACCAGCCUCUCAGCGACGUUUUGGAAAAACAAAAGCAGUAUAACUUAGACCUGGUGCAGCUUCACGGCGAUGAGCCCAUUGAGUGGGCAACCCUCAUCCCUGUGCCCGUGAUCCGAUGCUUCAAGCCCGGCCAGGUUGGCGUUGGCCGCCGUGGCUACCACACGAUUCCCCUCCUUGACUCGGGCUCCGGUUCUGGAAAACUCCUUGAUGUUUCCAACGUCAAGGCAGUCCUCGAGAGCGAUCCCGAGCUCAGAGUCUUCGUGGCUGGAGGCUUAAACCCGGAUAACGUCGCCGAGGCUGUCAAGGCUCUGGGUCCGUUGAGCGAGCGGGUGGUUGGAGUUGAUGUGAGCAGUGGUGUCGAGGAGGAUGGAAAGCAGAGCCUUGCCAAGAUUGAAGCGUUUAUUAAGGCGGCAAAAUCAAUUCGAUAGGUAUCGAUGUAAAAGUUAUCUUUGUUGAUCACAAGGAAGUGCCAGCCCAAACUCAUGCUGUGAAUCCAUGGAGAAUGAGUCCAUCACGCUAUUCCUUAGAGUCUGCCAAAUUAUUCUCAGUUUCCCGUCCCAUGCACCCCUCUCGGUUUUUGUCGUCUUUUUUGUCAUCUUUUUUGUCUGCGAGGUGGGCUGCCUCUUGUCGUGCUGCUUCUCUGUGUAGCAUGGGAUGCCACUCCACCUCGACUCCUAGUCUUCUCUCCCUCUGCUCCAUCGCAUUUUCC